AUGUCUUCCUCAUCCACAUCUGAUACUGACCCUGCUGUCGCUGUACUCGAUGCUGUUCUCAGGAGGACGCAAGACAAGGCUUGGGUCUCCUUCGCUCCGGAUGAGUUAGCUGCGGUGUUUUCCGCGUUCAGCCCGCAGCGUCCGGUGGCCGUCCAUACCAAGGGCUACCUCGUCCUCUCCGCGUUCUGCCAACGAUGCCGUUCCGAGGCUCCCACUCCAGAAGAAGGGACGCAGGUGAUAUGUCGCACGUUUGAUGCUCCCACCGCAUCACGAAUAGCGGACACCGAAGAGCCCGAGGCACUCGCCGGUCUAACUUUUCUGUCUGCACUCUUCGACGUCGACCACCUCUCUGCGUCUGCAAUCUUCACGCGAGAUGGCACGCUGGAGGCCGUCAUGGACGCGCUCGACCUCUUCUCCAAGUCGAGAGCCGUCGAUCUCGCCGUCGCACACCUGUUGGGACGCGCCGCGGCGCACAAGGCGUGCCGAGCGCUGCUCGGAGCGGACCACCGGAACUGGCUGGAGUGGAAGUCGCGUCAGGCGGACGACGCGGAGCUGCGUGCCGCUGCGGCCGUCGCGCUCGUCAAGCUCGGGAAGGGGGCGAACGCGGACGCGGCGGAGGUGGGGGGCGCUGCGGAGAAAGCCGCCAUGGAGGACGACGAGCUCGCCGCGCUCAUGAAAAGGCUUGUCGUCGACGCGCGCGAGACGUCUCCGCUCGGGGACGCGGUCGAGGGCUUGGCGUAUAUGAGCACGAGCCCAGCGGUCAAGGAGGCUUUGUCGGCGGACGAGGCGUUUCUUAGGCGGCUGUUCACGCUCGUCCCUAAGCGCAAGGGCGCGGGUGCCGAGCUCGUUGGGGAGUCUGCGGCGUCUCCGUUGUACGGUGUUGUGGUGAUCGUUGCGAAUCUAUGUGUCUACCGUCCGCGUCUGUCUGCGGAGGAGGCUCAGAUCGCUAAGCUCCGGCGGAUGGCUAAGACCUCGCAGGGUUCUAACCAAUCUCAGGACCAACAGGAGGAGAACGACCCCCUCGAUGAUGACGACCAUGUCCAAGAGCGCGGGCGUAGGCUGUUAAAGGCGGGUGUCAUGGAGGCUUUGACCUCUGCCGUACGUGCGACGGAUAGCCGUGCCGUACGCUCAGUUGUUGGAAAGGCCAUCCUCAGCCUAGUGGAGGACAAGGAGAGCCGAGGGAAGGUCCUCCAAGCCGGCGGCGCGAAGGCACUCCAAACGAUCAUCCAUUCAAUCCUCCCCCCUUCCACUUCUUCAAACUCAAAUAAAAUUGCGCAGAUGGAGAAAGACGACUUUGACGCGAUACAGGCGUUGGCGAAGCUCGCUAUCACCGCCGCCCCCGUCCAAGUUUUCGGCCCCAACGAAGGCGCGAUCUACGACGCGAUCCGCCCUUUCGCACUCAUGGUGACCGACCCGAACGCGUCCCUCCUGCAGCGCUUCGAGGGGAUGAUGGCGCUCACCAACCUCUCCUCCCAAUCCGCCGAAGCGGCGACUCGCAUCGCCCGCGCCGACGGGCUCACGAACAAAGUGGAGCUCCUCAUGCUCGAGGACCACACGCUCGUCCGCCGGGCCGCCACGGAGCUCGUGUGCAACCUCGUCGCGGGCUCCGAGGAGGUGUUCAACAAGUGGGGCGGGGACCGCGACAAGGCUGCGCAGGGGAAGCUCCAGGUGCUCGUCGCGCUGUGCGACGUGGACGACGUCCCCACACGGCUCGCCGCGUCGGGCGCGCUGGCGACCCUCACGGCGUCCCCGGACGCGUGCGAGGGCUUGGCCGCGCUCGAGCGCGAGCGACAUCGCGUUCUGCCGAUCCUGGGGCAGCUUAUCGACCCGAGCGUCGUCGCGCGUCCUGCGGCGGACGAGGGCGUCGAAGAGGACGAGGACGAGCCAGACGCUCUGGAGACUGUCCCGGGGCUGGUCCAUCGCGGGAUCGUCUGCGUGCGCAAUCUGUUUGUAGGCGUCCAGAGGAGGAGCAAGGCGGAACAGAUGGAGCUGGCGUGGGAGGCGGACCGGGUGGGCGUCGUGCGCGCACUUGUCGGAGCAGUGAAGGGCUGCGGGCAGAAUCCGAGUUCACCGAUCCUGCGGCCUGCGGCGGAGGCGUUGAAGUGGGUGCUGGAACAUGGGAUUGAAAUUGCUGUAUGAGCUACUUGCAUAUUGGACUGAGCUGUAUCUAAGCUUGUAGCCGUAGUGUAUCUUUGUACGAGUAGCUGUAUGUACCGGAUGUAAUCUCGUUACUUCGAUGUCAUAGCCGUCUUG